CUGCAGCAGCAGCAGCAGCUCAGUCAGUACUCCCAGCAGCAGCAGAGCGCAGCGCCACGCUGACCGUCCGACGCAAACAGGAUCUCUGCGCGCUUUUACUGGAUCCGUGGAAACGAUCUGAAUGAAUGAAUUGAACAAAGAAGGAGUCUGCACAGCCGAGGUGAGGACGAGGAUGCGAUCUCCUUCUUUGCCAUCUGUCCAUCAAUGGACUGAGUGCUUCGGUGCUGGCCACCCUUAGGUCAACUCAACCGGGACGAGCGCCAAACAUUAAAAGUCUUGACCCGGUGUCCCCUGGACGGCCUGCGCUAAACAAAUAUUUGAGGCCGUUAUAUCUAAUUUCUCCAGGCGGCCACCUCGAAAAAAGAUCAACGGCGAAGGGUGCUGUCGGGAGACGGAGAGGAGCGAAGAAAACGUGGGGGAGGAMGCAGUAACCCUUUCAAAGUGCAUCCUGCCUGCUAUUUCUGCUGCUCUGUGGGCAGAGAGCAUCUUAUUUGGGAGAGCUGUUGGUCGACACAAAAAAAGGACUUCCCUGUUCACUGCCUGUUUAAAUACCGGAGAAGAUAUCAAUUUGUCUGAGCCCAACAAAGAGGCUGUAAGCUAUCUAUAGAAAACAUCGCAACAAACUUCAACUUUGUGGUCCCGUCAACUGCCACUUCUCCAUUACCCCUCAAAAAGAUUCAAGAGCUGUGAGAACAGGAAUGAAAGCUGAUUUCUACUCUUAGAAACGACUCCAAAGCCCACAGCAGCUCUCUGUKGGAGACCGGAAGCCGUAACUUAGCUUAGAGCUCGGAGUUUUGAUGCCUUUCCCAGCUCAGUGAAGUAACAUGAAACCCCUUUCGCCGAUUGGGUCCCCCUCACCUUUGAGGCUCCUCAACAAGGGUCCAGAAUACCUGCGCAGGCAAAUAGACGGAGGAGGUCACGGCCGCUCUGUCAGYGCUGUGGAGAGGCUGGAGGCGGAUAAAGCCAAGUAUGUGAAGAGUCAGCAGGUGAUCAACACCAAGCAAGAGCCCGCGCUGGUGCCCUGCRCCACACCGCCACCGCAGCAACGACGGGCCAUUUCCGUCCCGGGGAGCCUCACUCCUCGUCUUCCCCCGCGCCGCUCAUCCAACACCCCCUUCUCCACGCUCUCCGGCUCCUUCACCUCCAAGGAUGAAAACGAAAACGACGACGCAAGGAAGGAGAACAGACAGACGUUGGUCGACGUUGAGGCUCAUAACAGGAGCAACGUGAACAAUGUGACGACUCCAGUCCCCCGGACUCCUCGGGUUAACGGUCUGGUAGCGCCCCACAGCGCCCCUGUUCUCAGAAGGAGUACGGGAAAACGUAUGCUGAGGCCGGACUCCCUCGUCAUCUACAGGCAAAAGAAAGAGUGCAAAACCCCCAACGGUGCGACCGUGGGAGAAAACAACAACAUGGAGGUAAAGGGCUACAGUUUUGUUCGCCGGCUCUUCCAGGGAUCCAUGAGGGAGAAGGGGAGCGGCGGUGAGAGCCGAAUCCAGAAGAUGGUGAUCGGGGAGGAGAAGGGACCGUUACGGGAUGGGGACUCGCGAAUGUCUUGGACCAACGACAAGGAUGCAGCGGAUGGGGGACCAAUGAGCAGGAGGUCUAGUAAAACCGAACAAGAACGAAGCCCAGAGUCUAACCAAAGCACGGGGUUAGGCUGCACUGACAACGGUUUUACAAAUGGCUCCAGAGACAAAGUAAACACUGGUAUCACCAACGUCAACAACGAUGACCCGUGGAAGCGAGCGUCCCCGCCACCCAGGAGGAGACAGUUUGGGGAGCUGCAGCGCUCCAAGUCAGACUUGCAGCUSCGCUCCUCGGUGGCUUUGUCAGAGCAGGAGCAUUUCUUCGACUUCUGUGGGCUGGACGUGGACAUGAUAGAACGUCUGGGGCGGGAGAACUUCCUCUCUGGUGCCAGUUCCAUCGACACGCUCUCCCUGGCGCUCCGCAGCGUGGGUGGAGACRGUUGCGGUGGGUCAGAGCCCAGUGAGUUCUCCCGGCACUCGGGAGACGGACUGUUCCAGGACGAGCUGGCCGAGCAGCUCCCCACCGGUGUGUCGAUCAUCGAGAGAAACGCUCGUGUCAUCAAGUGGCUUUACGGGUGCAAAAAAUCUGCUCAGGAGGGACCAAAAGAGUCAACUGUUUAGUUCUGGGGUGCAGAUUUAUGUGCCAUGGAGUGCUGUGCUGUGUCUGCUGAGGUCUUUUUAAACAUAAACCCACGGAUAAGUGCAUGUUUAUCAGGAGAUUAGAGGCUGUUCUGUGAAACCAACAAAUGUUUCUGGGUUUUAAAUGAUACAAUUUAAAUGUGCUGCAAAAGUUUCACACAUCAAGCGACCAAAUUCUAAUAGAAUUUUGCUAUUUUUCUUAGUAGUAAUAAGAAAUUUGCAUUAGGUUUUCAAUAUUUUACUGUAAUUCAUAAUAUUGGACAUCACUGUUAAAUUKACAUCUUUUGCAUGAUAAUGAACAAAAUGGAGUGGUUAUCAACAUAAAACAUCUCUCUUAUUGAUACAGUCAGUGUUGAACAGACUGAAGAUAAAAUAAAAAGUCAUAAACUGA